AGAAAGGCACAUGACCAUCCUGUGAUUGCUGGCAUUUUUUCCAUCCUUUUAUAUAUCCAAGUCACUGGAACUACAGGCAGUGGAAUUCCAAACUAAACUUGUUCAUUUAGUUUAUGGCAAAAUGCAUUCAGUUUAUUGGGUCAUUGCAGUUCUCCUGGCAGUUGGCUCAUCUGAGAUUUGUUAUGCAGGACCUCUCCAUGCUCAGUGCAAAGUAGAAUGGUACUUUGGGAUACCAUGUCAGGUAGUUUAUGAAUCCCUGGUUUCACAGAUUAAGAAAUGGGAAACCAUGGCUAGCUGCACUAUGGGAGGAGAAAAGUGCCUGUACAAGUUGCACUCUGCCUCAGUUCACUUCAUAUCUGCCAAGCACACUACUCCCUUUAAGAAGAAUGUGUAUGACAUUAACUUUCGAUUGGUCUCCUUUCACUUCUACACUUGCUGUCAUGUUUCGGGCAUGUCUAUCUCUGAAACCUGGUAUGCCAUUAAAGACCAUGGCACCAACUACUGCAACCUUUAUAACCUGAUUGAAGGAAGUGGUCUAACUGAAUCCAGGGGUUAUAAAGAGGUCACCAGUGACUUCCUGUGCACCCAGCGUUCCUCUGCUAAUUGUACUGUCUACUGACUGAAUAUUUACAAUAAACAGAGAUCACCACUGUGAAGCAAGGACAAUCACCCAGUUUUGAUCUUCUUAGUUAUUGACAACAAAAAGAAGUCAUUUGCAGAUUGUAUAAGAAUCUAUACAGUGUGCCCUUACCUGUUUGCUACUGUUGACAAGGAGGAUUUUCAUUAUCUGUAACUCUUAUACAAAUUAUGUAUAGCAUGCAUUUAGAUGUUCAGUUUAUUCAAGUAUAGUUUUAAUGGACCCUGUUUAAACAUGAACAAAGGCUGGCCCCCAGUUAAAUAUUUUUUAUUUAGCUUUUAAUGCAUAUGACAUGCUUCCAAAUGUUUCAGAAUGAAGUCUUGCUUUAGUAAUAAACGAUUUAUAUAUAAAAUAAUAGUCAAUGUAAAACAAUACCUGAGAUAUCAGUCACACAAGUACAAAUAAACAGUGGUUGGUGAGUUAUCACA